CUCGUCCUUGCCCUUCUUCAUCCACUCUCUCUCUCACUCUCCAGCCUUGAAAAAAAAGAAUUAACUUGUGAGCACUGACACGGCCGGUUCAACGGCGACUGAGUGAGCGCAACGAAACGCUGGUACGUGCCCUAUUGUGCUGGUACUCGAGCACUUGCCAUCCCUGUGAGCACCGUGCAACAACCCAUCGUGCCCUCACCUCCCCUCACACAGCGAACGUACCUAGGUAACCACAAGCUGCGCUCUUUCAUCCUCAUCGCCUGCAGUCAAAAAUUCUCUACGGGUGUUAGUUCAACUCAAUCCGAGUUGGUCAAUCGACUCAACUCAACCCGGCCCCCGUUUUCUCCCCGUCUUAUUAUUAUUGUUUCGGAAAACGGAAACGCGAUUUAAACACGCGAAAAAAAAAACAUUUUUUGAUACACAAGUUCCACCAUGCCGCCAAAACGCAAGCGAGGUGGAGGGGUUAGUGAGAACGCGGUGGAGUCGCCGGAGGAACAACAGAGCGAGCCAUCGGUCAACAAUAAUCCGCCCCUAAUAGUAUCGGACUGCCCCUUCACGGUUGAGUACAAGGCGGCCACUCCAGCAGCAAAGAAGAAGAAGAAGAAGAAGGGUGGCGCUGCUAGCGCUGGUGGUAGCCAUGCGCCACGGCAAGCGAAGAGGUACACCAAGUCCGGAGUUCCAAUUAAUCCAGUGGGAGCGUCGCGGAAGCAUCAGGAGAUUGAUAGGGAGGUACCGUUUGAUUCUACACUUUAUGCUAUCAAGCCAAGGAAGCAAUGGGAUCAGUUAACAAAGUAUCGGAGUUUUGUCGUCGGGACCGAAAAUUUCGCCCUAAACGAGUACAUCUUCGUAAAUCAUAGCAACAUCCCCCAUGGCACGGACCUGGGCGCCUCAGAUGACAAGAAAUUCUGGGUGGCUCGCGUGCUGGAGAUCCGUGCGAUUGAUGAGUCCCAUGUAUACUUGCGCGUGUACUGGCUCUACUGGCCAGAGGAGCUGCCCGGUGGGAGACAACCCUACCACGGGGCGAAGGAGAUCAUCGCUAGCAACCAUAUGGAGAUCAUAGAUGCUAUGACUGUUAGUGGCAGGGCGACUGUCAAGCAUUGGAUGGAAUUGGACGAGGAGGAGGAUCUGCCGGAUCUCUUCUGGAGGCAGAAGUUUGAUUACCCUACUCAGAUGCUUAUGGAAGUCAGAGAACACUGCAAAUGUCGUGGCUACUACAAUCCCGAUAAAAUUAUGUACGCCUGUACCUCGUGCAAAAUAUGGCUCCACGAAGAGUGCCUGAUAGCGGACAUCAAGAAGAAACUUUACAAAGGAAUAACCGAAGGCCCGCCCUCCCCUACCAACGACAGCCAAGAAGAGGAAGACUCGGAAGAGGAAGACGAAAGCAUCACUGCCGCAAACAGAAACCGGGGAAACAAACGCACUUCCGCAGCUGUAGCCACUGCCUCGAAUUCAAAACCCCAGACCCCAAAAUCCUCCAACGCAAGGGGGAAGAACGCAGUGGCGGGGAGCGAAAAGGAAGACUUUUUCCAAGUGAUUAUUCGUCCGGAGGUCAACGGACCUGUGAUAGCCGCUGUUAGGGAUCUCAGGAAUAGGAAGGAGUGGAGUGAAAGAGGGGGCAAGUGGGAGGAGGGGGUCGGAUGUUUGGGAUGCGGGAGUGUUAUCUCUUGAGGUGGUUGUAUUUGCCUAGGGAUACCGGAGUUGGGGGUGUAUAGCUCUCCUCUACUUGGCUUUUUCGUUAGGCAUUUCGGUCAUACUUGAUUGGGGUUUGUGGAUUUGUGAGUCGGUUUGUUGGCAGUUGGAGUGUGUACUCUGGCUUUUGCUCCUCUUUUCUGAUUUUACUUUGUCAUUCGGAUUUCUUCUAUUCGAUGGCUGGAUUUGCUUGCUUCCUUAUUUAAUCAAUUCAUCUUCCCUCUAGCCCCCCGCCCUGUCUCUGCAUCACAUCAAGCGAGCAGGUGGACAUCCUCAUAUCUUUUUCCCCGCAGUAAUCUCGGGUUGCGAUGGCGCGUUUGCCAUCACACGUUUGGUGUUUCCACUUGCUGGCUGUAUCUACUGUGCAGUAUUUUUUCUUCUGUGUGAACUUGCUUCCUGUCAUUGAUAACUACGAUAACCUGAAUUAUCGUUAAAAUAUACAUGGAAAACUGAUAGGAUGCGCG